AUCACCAUCCCAAGGGGGAAGGACGGCUUUGGCUUCACCAUCUGCUGUGACUCUCCGGUUCGAGUCCAGGCUGUGGAUUCUGGGGGCCCGGCAGAGCGGGCAGGGCUGCAGCAGCUGGACACAGUACUGCAACUGAAUGAGAGGCCUGUGGAGCACUGGAAAUGCGUGGAGCUGGCACACGAGAUCCGGAGCUGUCCUAGUGAGAUCAUCCUGCUUGUGUGGCGCAUGGUCCCCCAGAUCAAGCCUGGGCCAGAUGGCGGGGUCCUGCGGCGUGCCUCCUGCAAGUCAACACAUGACCUUCAGUCACCCCCCAACAAACGGGAGAAGAACUGCACCCAUGGGGCCCAGGCACGGCCCGAGCAGCGCCACAGCUGCCACCUUGUGUGUGACAGCUCAGAUGGGCUGCUGCUUGGUGGCUGGGAGCGCUAUACUGAAGUGGCCAAGCGUGGGGGCCAGCAUACCCUGCCUGCUCUGUCCCGUGCCACUGCCCCCACCGACCCCAAUUACAUCAUCCUGGCCCCGCUGAACCCUGGGAGCCAG